CUAGAACACUCGCUGCAGUUGAGCUUCCACUCUUAUAAUAUGAGUGUCAGGGAGCAGUCCCCUACGGUCGCCCAGAAGAGGCUACGUGUCAGCCACACAAAAUCCCGCCAGGGAUGCUAUACAUGCAAGUCGCGAAGAGUCAAAUGUGAUGAAGUGAAGCCUACAUGCGGUGCGUGCGCUUUGAGAAGUGAGUCCUGUGCCUAUCCACCGGCCACUUCUCGACAGGCACGCGCAACGACCAGCAGAACCAGCAGGAAACAGCGAAGCCCUGUAUCCUUCAGGGACACGUCUCCCUGUGCUCUAGAGUUUGACCUGCCCUCUGGAUCAGCUCCUGCGUCUCGGUCAAUGAACAUGGUCGAUUUACAACUCUUGUCGCAUUUUAUGGUCCACACAUGCACCAACAUGUCAUUGAAUCCGGCCCGACAAAAGCUCUGGCAGUCUCUCAUCCCCAGCUUGGCUGCCCGCCAUGAAUUCCUCAUGCACCUUCUCCUGGCCUUGUCCGGGCUGGACUAUUUUCACCCGGAUGGCCACUUUAUUCCAGACACCCCCGCCGAGGCCGCAUCCCAGCGGCACCAGACCCCUUCAACCGGCAUCGAUGACCAUUUGCAGGUCGUUGUCGGACACCACCAGUACGGGAUCCAGGGCUUCAGCGCGCAAUUGUCUGCCCUGUCCGACUCCAACUGCCAUGAAGUCUUCGCCGGAUCGUCACUCCUCGUGGGAUUUGCUUUUGCAUCUCUGCGAUUCAGGAUCUGGGGAGACUCACACCUCUCUGCCGUGCCGGAGCCGAAAUUGCGCCUGGACUGGAUAUAUCUCAUCCGGGGCCAGGUCACGGUUGUAAAGCAAUGCUGGCCAGCCUUGCGCAUGGGACCGUUUCGCGAGAUGCUGCACUUUCCGUGGGCUACCGAGGAUUGGAAAAUGUAUCCGAGCGAGAUGUUCACUGCCGCGCCACCACCUGGGUGCUCGCCCCGGAUUGCGAGAUUCUGCCAGGGCGCAUACGAGGCUCUAUCGCGCUUAAAGAUGGUGGAAGAGUCCACGCCAGUCCCAGUAGAAGAAGACGAAGAUGAAGACUCGCCGAGAAGUCGCCCGGGCACCACGGAGGCGCUCGAUGUCCUGGAGUCCAUGUACAUGAGAAUCCUCUAUGUGAUCCAGUUCCACAGAGACGGGAAAUGUACCCCAGCUGAAAUCGAGGCUGAUAUGGAAGAUGCAGCUGUUAUGGGGUGGCCUCAGACCCUGCCGGGGGAGUUUCUUAAUACUCUUGGGUGUGCUGACGUUGCACCAAGUUUCUCGCUUGUUAUCUUGGCUCAUUUCUAUCUGAUCCUGUCGCUUUUUGAAUCUACGUGGUUCCUCAAGGGCGGGUUUGACAAUGAGAUCUUGAAAAUGGAUGCGCUGUUCAAGACAUAUGGUGAUGAAACCUUGUUAUCAUUGAUGGAAUGGCCUGUUUCUGUCCUAGGUGUAUGAUUUCAGAAUACCGGUAUCCGCGAGAUGUAUUAUGCCAUUUCUUGGAGUUAGAAGGGACAUAUACUUUCUGUAUUACAUACUAAUUAUGCCGAGUUUAUAUGACUGCAUACUUCACAUUCCCUGCAGUGGGUGCUUAACCCAAGAUAAUGAAGCUACCAAACAAGAACUGGCUUUACAGUAGCACCGCUCUUCAUAUCAGCGAGUGCCUCUUGGAAUUUAUCCAUC